AUGGUGCAACCACCGGUGCAGGCUGCUGGUCCUGCCGGGCUGGCUCCGGCUGUUUUCCAGGAGCCGGUGGCCUUUGAGGACGUGGCCGUCUACUUCUCGGCGGAGGAGUGGAGGGGGCUGGCGGGGUGGCAGAAGGGGCUCUACAAGGAGGUGAUGAUGGAGAACUACCAGCUGAUCGCCUCUCUGGGCUCGGCUGGCCCCAAGCCAGAGGUUGUCCUGAAGCUGGAGCAAGGAGAAGAGCCGCUUUUGGGGGACACCCCGACUGCGCCCAUCAGAGGGAGCCCGCAAGCCCCCAGCACAGCGGAGUCUCCUGGGUGCCGGCUCUCCAGCUGCGCUGCUGGCACCGGCUCGAAGAGGAAGGAGCUCUCCCUGGCUGACCGGGUGAAGCUGCUGCAGGCACUGGAGUCACCCUCUGCCUCCCUGACCAGUGUGGCCAAGCUCUUUGGCAUCUCCAAGAGCCAGGCAGGCAGGAUCGGCCGUCGCCGGGAGCAGAUCCUGGCCAACUGGCUCACCAAUGCCAACCCACUGCGCAAGCGCAAGCGGGAGGGAAAAGGCGGCGAGGUAGAGGAUGCACUUUUUGCCUGGUUCCAGCAGGCGCUGGCCCGUGGCGAGCGCCUCUCGGGGCCUAUCCUGAAGGCCAAGGCUCAGGAGCUGGCCCAGAGCUUGGGCCAGGACUUCGAGGCCACUGACGGCUGGUUGUGUCGCUGGAAGACCCGCCACAACAUCGUCUUCAAGAGGUACCAGGAAGAGAAGGUGGAUGCAGAUGUUGGCAGCGCCCAGAGCUGGCUGAGCGAGGUGCUGCCCGGUCUCCUCACUGGCUACCACGCCCAUGAUGUCUUCAGUGCGGAGGAGACGGGGCUGCUGUACCGUGGCUACCCAGAGAGGGCGCAGGCCCCUGGGGAUCUGCGGCGGCUGGACGGCACAAAGGCCAGGGACCGUGUCUCUGUCCUCUGCUGUGCCAACCACACCGGCACGGAGAAGCGGCAGUUGCUGGUGGUGGGCAGGAGCCGGCGGCUGCGCUGCCUCCCCAAGGACCUGCGGGCACUGCCGGUUACCUACACCAGCUCGGGCAAUGCCUGGGUGACGGCGCGCAUCUUCCAGGAGUGGAUCCUGCGGUGGGACCAGGAGCUUCGCCACCAUUGCCGCAGGGUCGUGCUCUUCGUGGGCCGCAGCAGUGCCCACCCCCCAGAGCUGAGCACCAAGCUGCACAACAUUAGGCUGGUUUUCUUCCCUGCCAACGCCUCCAGUGUCGCCCAGCCCAUGGAUUUGGGCAUCAUCCCCAAUCUGAAGGGUCACUACCGGGCGCUGGUGCUGGCCCGGGCAGCGCAGGACCCGGCGCUGGCCCGGGCAGGGCGUGUAGCCGAGAUCGCCGGCCAGGUGACGCUGCUCGAUGCCAUCUACCUCCUGCACAAGGCCUGGAGAUUGGUGCAACCAGCCACGGUGCGGAGCUGCUUCCGGAAAGCUGGCUUCCACCUGGUGCCGCUGGAGCAGCGGGAGGCCGACUCGGCGCCGCUGGCAGAUGUGCCACGUCCGCCCUUCAUCACCGAGCGGGACUUCCUGGCCUUCGUCAGCAUGGACGCGGCAGAGCCGGCUGUGGGCGACGCGGUCGGCAAGGAUUGCUUGUGGGGACAACGGGGCUGCUGGGACACAGGGGCUGCCAGUGAGGAGGAGGAGGAGGAGGAGGAGGAGGGGGAGCUGGAGGCUGGGAGCCAGGUCACAGCCACCAAGGCGCUGGCUGGGCUGUCAGCAGCCAUGAAGUGGUGCCAGUUCCACGGGCUGGUUUACCACUGGGAGCGGCUGCUGGAGACCGAGAGCACUCUGCGGAUGGCUGUCAUGGCUGAGGCCGCCCAGGCCGCGCUCCCGGCACACACCGGCUACGUGCCCGGCAUGCUGCUACGCUUUAGCUUGCCAGGUAUACACUCCACCAUGGCCAGUGUCAAGUCAGGCAUGGUGACGUUUGAGGACGUGGCCAUCUACUUCUCACCCCAGGAGUGGGUAGAACUGACGACAUGGCAGCGGGAGCUCUACCAGGAGGGGAUGAUGGACAACUAUGACCUGGUUGUCAGCCUAGAACGGCUCCAGGCCCCAAGUCCAAGCUCAGCCACAAAAUGGAGCCUGGGGAGGAGUCACGUGGGGGGGUCCUCUGUGGUGGGAGGGACAGCAGAGCUCCCGAUGCCUCCGGCACCUCUGCCUGGGGUGGGAUGGCCAGCGAGGAUCCGUCUGAGGACAACGACCAGGGACGCUGGGUCCCGUACGCAUCGCCAGCUGGGGCAGCCGAGGAGUUGGGGUACCCCACGCUCUGCUCCGGCUGGUGCCACGCGGAGCCGGGGACCUGGGAUGCCCCCCAGGAGCUACCUGGGUGGGCCUCCGGGGGCGCCCAUGGCAGGGGGUGAGGGGCUCCUCAUUUGCGGCAUCUGCGGGCUGACCUUCGAGGCCGAGGCCGGGCUGAGCGCGCACUGGGACGAGCACCAUCGCCUGGCACCCUACUACCAGUGCGGUGCCUGCGGCAAGGCUUUCCGCCACCGCCGCAGCCUCCUGACGCACAAAAAGCACCGGGGCCGGCACCAGCAUGCCUGCACUGAGUGCUGCAGGACCUUCUGCUUGAAAGGAGAUCUGCUGCGGCACCGGGCGAGCCAUGGCGGCGAGGGCGGCUACGUCUGCCCGCUCUGCGGGGACAGCUUCCGCCACAAGCGCGGCUUGCAGGCUCAUGGCAAGGAACACGCUGACCAGCCAUGCCACAAGUGCCCGCAGUGUGAGAAGUGCUUUGAGGAUGAGGCCAGCCUGAACCGUCACCAGGCUGCCCACUGCGAGGAGCGACCCUUCCUCUGCGGGCGUUGCGGCCGCAGCUUCAGCUGGAAGGAAAGCCUGAUCAUCCACCAGCGCAGCCACGCACAGGAGCGCUCCCACAAAUGCCCCGACUGCGGCCGCGGCUUCAGCCGCAGCGGGAACCUGCUGAUGCACCAGCGCGUGCACACGGGUGAGCGGCCCUUCGCCUGCCCCCAGUGCGACAAGGCCUUCUGCAGCAAGGCCAACCUCAUCACCCACAAAAAGCUCCACCGGCGUUACAAGAUCUUCACCUGCUCCCACUGCCGGAUGGGCUUCAGCUCCAAGAGCAAACUGCUGCUGCACCAGAGGGCUCACAGUGAGGGGGAUGCGGGCACCUCUGUGGCGGGGAACAAUGGCCAGCAGUACCUCAAAGGAAAGGGCUGGGCUGGCGUGAAGUGUGAGACUGUGGUGAAAACUGAACCGGAGGAUGAGUCCUACACCCUGUACUCCCAGGGCCUGGGUGCCACUGUCCCCAGUGUCCCCAGCACCGGCAUCAAAGAGGAGAUUGUGAUUAAGAGCGAGCCGGAGGAUGAGGCGUACGGUGGUUACCACGCUGGCUCCGGGGAUGGAGAUGUGCCCCCCCACCCAACUGCCUGUGAUGCCAAGCCUGAGCUCAUCGUGAAGGUGGAGCCGGAGGAGGAGCCGUUCAUUGGGUGUGCCCCGGGGCUGGGUCACCCAGGGGGUCCCGGCCACUGCGGCAGCACAGAUGGCGAUGGUGAGGAGUGUCCCAAGGAGGAGCUGGAGGAGGUGAAACUGGAGGAGAAAAGCCUGGGGGCUGCCUCGGGGCUGUCCUUGGGACCUCGGCCCUGCAUCAGCCAGUGGACAGUGCGGCAGGCACAGGGCACUGUGGCCGAGCUCCAGCGCAGCCCAGCAAUGCCCGGGGGGCUCUGCCAGGAGAAGGGCACAGCUCUGGCAGUGCCAGUGGGCAGCGCUGGGCAGAACCCCACUUCUGCCUGCGGGGUGGGCAGCACCGUGGGUCCCGGGGCUGGGCUGGCACGGCGUCCCCGCAGCCACGGCACUGAGCGUCCCUUCGCAUGCAGCGAGUGCGGGAAGAGCUUCCAGCACCGGGGAAACCUCAUCACCCACCUGCGGGUGCACACUGGGGAGAAGCCUUUCGCCUGCACUGUCUGUGGCAAGAGCUUCAGCCAAAAGGGCGACCUGAUGCGGCACCAGCGCAUCCACACUGGCGAGAAGCCGUUCGAGUGCACCGUCUGUGGCAAGAGCUUCUGCUCCAAGCAGACCUUCAUCCUGCAUCAGCGCAUCCACACCGGCGAGAAGCCCUUCUCCUGCUCAGAGUGCGGCAAGAGCUUCAACCGCAAGGCCAACUUCAUCACCCACCAGAAGAUCCACCGUGGCGAGCGCCCCUUCAUCUGUGCCGAGUGCGGCAAGGGCUUCAACCGCAAGGGCACCCUCAUCACCCACCAGCGCAUCCACACCGGCGAGCGGCCCUUCGUCUGCCCCGAGUGCGGCAAGACCUUCAACCUGAAGACCACGCUGAUGAAACACAAGCGCAUCCACACCGGCGAGCGGCCCUUCACCUGCCUGGAGUGCGGCAUCUGCAAGAACCGCUUCAGCCAGAAGCACCACCUGGUCAGCCACCAGCGCAUCCACACCGGGGAGCGGCCCUUCGCCUGUGCCCGCUGCCCCAAGGCCUUCCGGGACAAGAAGACCCUCACUGUCCACCAACGCGUCCACACCGGUGAGAAGCCCUACAGGUGCGGCGAGUGCGGCAAGACCUGCAGCCAGAAGCAGCACCUCAAGAGCCACCAGCGGGUUCACCGGGACCGGCCAGCGGUGCCGGAGGGAGAUCGGUGGGAAUGUGGGGGGCGUCCGCCCCCAGCAGGGGGGCGAGUGGAGGCCAAGCCUUUCCAGUGCGGCGGCUGCGAGAAGCGGUUUCGGGACGAGGGGAUCAUGCUGGCUCACCAGCGCACCCACAGCACCCCCAGCUUGCCACCGCUGCAGCCUGGUACCCCCCGAAACUGCCGCUGAUGGGUCUGCAGGGUGCUGGGGGCUGUGAUGGGGGUGGCUAUGGCACCCAGAGCAUUGACCGAUGUCAGAGCAGCUACAUGUGAGCUGGGAGCGAGCAGCAGCCACGGUCCCCUCCAGCUCAGCAGAGAAGCACCCUCACUGGCACAGGCUGAAUCCCCUUCAGCUGCUCCCUGGGGACUCUCCGGGCAGCAGCAUUGAGCUUGCCACUCGAGGGCGUUCGUCACUGGCACCCCUUCCGGUAGUGCCAUGGGCACAGGACUGGCUGCCAGGGCAAGGGACACAUGAAAUGUGUCACCACACAGCCAGAGCAAUGCAGGGGAUGGAGGGGAAGAUGCUGCUUUAUUUUCCCACCCAGAUAGUAAAUAAAAAGCUUCUUGAUGCCGCCAA